UCCACAUAAAUUUAUCCAGCUAACGCCUCAACUGCGGCUUGUAAUGACUGCAUAGCUUUCAGUUACUGGGUGGACAAAAUUGGACAGUGACGAAAACUCUAUGUUUCAUUCAGCUUUUUCUCCCCGUUUGUGGAAACUCGAGCGCUACGUGACAGUCCACAAAUUGGAUUAGCGCUAAGUAAAGCCACCGGUGAAUGAUAGUGUAGCAGACUAGCUAGCUAGCUAAGCUGACUGCUAGGAGUGGAACCUAGCAUUGACGUUUAGGCUUCUCUAGCUUUGACUUGCUGUUGUAUUUUGUUUCUAUGCGUUAACCACGACUAAGAACAAGUAAUGCUCAACGAUAGACAAUUAUUUGAGUGUCGUCCUUGAACAUUACUAGUAUAUUAAAAAGUUGACGUCGUAAAUACCCGUCAGCUCGUGGAGAAGUCAUUAGGUUAACAUGGAUAGUUACGGUCAGCGGUUUGACUCCACCACAGGACGAGACAGUAAACCUCAAAAGAAGAAGGGUUUCUCCAACCACAGCAACUCAUGCUACGAUGAAGGAGACCGCAAACCAAAGUUUCACUUACCCUUUAGAAACAUCACAGAUGAUGUGCUGGACAGAUUUGCCAGUAUUCGAAUUCCGGGUAGCAAAAAAGAGCGGCCACCCUUAACGCAAUCCAAACACAACUCAAAUGACUGGUCCACUUCUUCAUCAUCCACCUCACAUCAUUUUGAGGAACUGUCAUCCAAGAUCACCUCGGAGAAGGAGAUCCUGGCCUUGUUUGAAAAGAUGAUGGAGGACAUGAAUCUGAAUGAGGACAAAAAGACUCCUUUGAGGGACAAGGACCUCAACACAAAGCGAGAAAUGGUCAUCCAGUAUAUGUUUACUGCCUCUAAAACUGGUAGCUUGAGAAGCAGCCAUCAGAUAUCUCCCCAAGAAUUCCUUGGUGAGCUAAAGUCAGGGGUGAUGGACGAACGUCUGUUUGCCUGUCUAGACUCAUUGCGCGUGUCCCUCACCAGCAACCCUGUCAGCUGGGUGCAGAGCUUUGGGCAUGAGGGUCUCGGACUGCUGUUGGACAUUUUGGAGAGGUUGCUAUUUAAGAAACAGCAAGAGAAGAUUGACAAAAAGAACCAACAUAAAGUUGUCCAAUGUCUCAAAGCCUUCAUGAACAAUAAGUAUGGUUUGGAUCGAAUUCUGGGCGAGGAGAAAAGUCUUGCUUUAUUGGCAAGAGCCAUUGAUCCCACCCAGUCUGCCAUGAUGACGGACGUGGUAAAGCUGCUGUCAGCCAUCUGCAUUGUGGGCGAAGAGAACACUCUGGAGAAGGUCCUUGAAGCCAUCACCACAGCAGGGGAAUGGCGAGCCAUUGAGAGGUUCAGUCCCAUUGUGCAAGGACUACGAGAUCGCUCAGUUCAAUUACAAGUGGCAUGCAUGCAGCUCAUCAAUGCGUUAGUAACAUCUCCUGAUGAGUUGGACUUCAGGCUGCACAUUAGAAAUGAAUUUAUGCGCUGUGGCCUGAAAGAGAUAUUGCCGCAACUAAUAGCCAUUAGGAAUGAGGCUCUUGACAUUCAGCUCAAGGUGUUUGAAGAGCACAAAGAAGAGGACAUGAUGGAGUUCUCUCAUAGACUGGAAGACAUCAAGAGUGAACUGGAUGAUGCGGGGGAUGUGUUCAGUAUUGUGCAGAGUAUGGUGAAGGACAGCAGUGCAGAGCCCUAUUUCCUCUCUAUACUGCAGCACCUGAUGCUUAUACGCAAUGACUACUUAGUCAGGCCCCAGUACUUUAAGAUCAUUGAGGAGUGCGUUUCUCAAAUUGUGCUCCACCGUAGUGGCACUGAUCCCGACUUCAGUUACCGCAAACGUCUAGAUGUCGACUUCAGCCACCUCUUAGAGGUGUGUGUGGAUAAGGCUCGAACAGAUGAGUAUGAACAAAGAGCUUCAGAACUGGCACAGAAGUUUGAUGAGGAGUUUCUAAGCAGACAGGAAGCUCAAGCUCAGCUCGUGAAGUGUGAAGAAAAAAUAGCUGAACUCCAAGCAGAGCUACAGGCCUUCAGGUCCCAGUUCGGAGCUGUACCUGUGGCUCUGACCUCUGCCCAGGCUGGACAGGCGUUAUCUUCCUCAGCAUUCCCGCCUGGGUCUCCAGCCCCUGCUCCACCACCCGGGGUGCCACCUCCUCCUCCACCCCCUCCGCCGCCUCCAUUACCCGGCUGCCCCGCUGCGCCUCCUCCACCACCUGGGAUGCCUCCUCCAUUCGGUGCCCCCCCGCCACCUCCUCCAGGGUUUGGAGGUGGUUUCGGUUCACCCACACCCCACGCUCUGCCUUAUGGCCUCAGGCCUAAGAAGGAAUUCAAGCCUGAGACCUCCAUGAAGCGCCUCAACUGGUCCAAGAUUCGUCCCCAGGAAAUGUCGGAGAGCUGCUUCUGGGUUCUGGCUGAUGAAAACCAGUACGCAAAACCAGAAUUGCUGAACAGAGUUGCUUUUACUUUUGGCUCACAAAGAACAGCCAAAAAAGAAGAGGAGGAUCUGGAGGAUAAGAAAUCCAUAAAGAAGAGAAUUAAAGAGCUCAAGGUGCUCGAUCCCAAGAUUGCACAGAAUCUGUCCAUCUUCCUGGGUUCCUUCCGUAUGCCUUAUCAGGAAAUUCGACGCAUGGUCGUGGAGGUGGAUGAGGAGCAACUCACUGAACCCAUGAUUCAGAACCUUGUAAAGCACCUACCAGAACAGGAGCAGCUGAAUGCACUGGCCAAGUACAAAAACGAGUACUCUUAUUUGUCAGAGCCCGAGCAGUUUGGGGUUGUGAUGAGCAGUGUAAAGCGGCUACGUCCUCGCCUCAGCCACAUCCUCUUCCGACUACAGUUUGAAGAGCAAGUAAACAAUCUGCGCCCAGAUAUCUUGGCGGUAAACGCCGCCUGCGAUGAGGUCAGGAAGAGCCGCUCCUUCGGUCGCCUGCUGGAGCUGGUGCUGCUGCUGGGGAAUUACAUGAACGCAGGCUCUCGAAACGCCCAGUCAUUUGGCUUUGACCUCAGUUCCCUUUGCAAGCUAAAGGACACUAAGUCAGCGGACCAAAAGACCACGUUACUCCACUUCUUGGCACAAGCAUGUGAGGAGGAAUUUCCAGAUGUGAUCAAGUUUGUUGAUGACCUGGAACAUGUGGAUCGAGCUAGCAGAGUGUCUGCAGAGAAUCUGGAAAAGAGCCUCAGGCAGAUGGAGAGGCAGCUGCUGCAGCUGGAGAGAGACCUGGAGACUUUCUCCUCCCCCGAUGACCCCAACGACAUGUUUUUCACCAAAAUGGCUAGCUUCAGCAAAGUCGCACGGGAGCAGUAUGGGAAGCUGGUAAUCAUGCACAGCAAUAUGGAGACGCUGUAUCAGAAUGUGCUGGAGUACUUUGCUGUUGAUCCUAAGAAGACCUCUGUGGAGGAGCUGUUCACUGAUCUCAGCAACUUCCGGUCCAUGUUCACGCAAGCACUGAAGGAGAACUUCAGGCAGAGGGAGUCAGAGGAGAAACAGAGGAGAGCACGGGCAGCGAAAGAGAAGGCUGAGCGGGAAAAGAAGGAGAGACAGCAGAAGAAGAGAAGGUUGCUGGAAGUCAAUGCAGAGAAUGAUGAGACAGGUGUGAUGGAUAGUUUGCUGGAAGCCCUACAGUCAGGAGCUGCAUUCAGAGACCGCAGGAAGAGAGUGCCAAGACCCAAAGAUAACCAGCAGCAGACAAUCAGUCCCGGCUCCUUCCGCCAGGUUCUCAGGCCUGUUAACCAUGAAAACAACAAGGCCCCUUUACAAAGGUCUCGCUCACGGCAGAAUAUAAAUGCGAAUUCAGCGGCGGCGAAAGCUCCCCCUGCCAAGGAGGCCCAUAACGAGUCUGAGGGCCAUCCAUCUGCAGCCAGGGCCAAGGCUUCUGCGUGUUCGGAGCCAGGCCGCAGGAACAGGAACAUCCCAGGUUACAGCUAUGGGCUGAACAGAGAGAGGGUGGUGGAGGCAGAGAUGGUUAAAGUCACUGAAAAAGAGCCGGAAGUGGAAGCAGACACUCCAGCCUCGCAGCCGUCCUCUGGUCCUGCGGUCAGCAGCUGUGGCACCAACGGAGAGUCAGACGUGGAGGCUCUCCUCGCCAGACUCAGAGCCCUGUGAGGUUCGUUUCUUACCUCUGAAAUAAUAUGCAGCAUAUAGUAUUUUUCUACCCGCAGAUUUAAAAACGCUCUGAAUGUAACCUAAGAUUUUCCUUUGAUGGUUUUGUUAACAGAAGGAGAUUUUAGUUGUUGAAAGCUGUCAGGCAUGAAUAGCCAGGCAGCUACAUAGUAUAAAUUAAAUAAUAGUAUUCUAAGGAAACAUAAAUAUAAAGAUUUAUUAAAAAAAAAUACAUUUUUAUAAAAGUACUAGUGAGUUUGAGGACCAUGCUUUUAAUGCUUGAUGGUACGGAUAUAAAAAAAAUCUUUUUCCAAAAGAAAAUCCUGGCAGAUGGAGCACAAAGCUGGUCACACACUGGCCUGCAGAAUGUCCUCACAAGUUAUUUCAGGAAAUACAGACUGAAUUUCAAAAGUUGUGAUUUAAUGGAAGUACUUAAAUGCACGAGUGUCAUACAUUAUAUUUUAAAAGAGAAAAUACAUCUAAAAAGAUCCAAAAGGUCUUUAUUUGAUCCUGCAAAGUGCACUGCCAGAAACGUCUGGCCAUCCUUUACAUCCCAAACAAUGGGACUAUAUCAUAGCUUUUCACUGAACGUUAAAAUGCAAUGUUGCUGAGCACUUUUUAUAAUCAACUAGUAUGCAAUAAUAAAGCUUUUCCUUCGACAUUGGAAUUUUUACAUCUUUAUCAUAUGAAAUCAUCCUACCUGUAUUUUUGUUUUUAAUUACGCUUUAGUUAUUUUCAUAUGAAUGGUAUUAGUCGAGUGCACGUGAAGGCUUUUAUUUUCUUCUUUUGUUUUUGAAAUUUAAUUGCUUUUCAUGUUUCUCUUUCUUUGUUUCUUCUCUUCCUUGAGUUUUUUUUUGUCAUCAAUUGCGGGGCGUCUUUUAUACUGAAAACAAUAGCCUAAUUGUCUAUACAACUUUAAAUAUAUACAACAGUUCAAUACAUGAUUGUGUUUUCACAGGUCAUACCUUUAAUUACUGUCAUUUCAUUUUGGAUUUACUCGACUGUUUCUUGCCUCUGUGUCGUUGCUCGGGGGAACAAGACAGAACAAGUCUGCAAAAAGGGAAUAAAGUCUUACUGUGUUAUUGUCCAGAAUGUGGCACAAACAAACUUGCCACUGUUUUUCUUCUACAUUCCUGCAGAAAUGACUGACAUCUUAAGUAUUUUUUUCUUGUACCUUAAUUCAUACUCUUCACUUUUAUAGACCCGUUUACAAUAAAACAAAGCAAAAAAGAAAAGAGUUUUCUUUUUCUCUUUGUCAUUAAUCACAAAAGCCACAUUGUCGGUGUUUCUGUGGCUGUUAGGUGUUUGUUUUUGUUGUCAUUCUUGCUUAUUAUCAUCAUAGCACUUAGCAUGUUAUUGAUCUGAAGCAUAAACUGAUCUACCAAAACAUUAAAACCACCUGCAUGAUAUUGUCUCAUGGUGCCAAAAGGGCUCGUACCUGUCGUGGUAUGGAAAUGGGAUGCCUGAGGUUGUCCUGUGGUGUCUGUCACUGGCAGUUAGUCCUUGGCGGUUGCAGGGGUGGUGCUACCAUGGCUCAGUUUGUGGGUGCUUGGUGUGUAACAGUGAUUAAGUGGUUGGUACGUGUCAGACAUCCUCCACAUCUAUGUGGCUGCAAGCUGGAUGCCUAUUUCAUCACCUGUCUUUGGCCAUGAUUGGUUUGUGCGGAUAUUACACGUGCAGCCUGAAAUUUAUCACCGCAGCUGUGCCGUUUGACAUAUGUAUGACAUAGUAAUAAUCUACUAGGGAGACACCCACUGUUCCAAUAACUGCUGCUUUGGACCGUAUUCAUAUCUUCAGUAGGACAGUGUGCAGCAGGGAUUACUCCAAAUGUUACCACAUGACUCUUUUUAGAUGGGUACCAAUCACUGGUGCCUGUGAAUGUCCUCUGUACAGUAUGUUCCUUUGUUGUAUCCUUUAUUUUUACUGACAUAUUUCCUCAGUGUGAAAACUGGGCUCUUCUAAAAUGCACUGCCUUGGCUGAAUAACAUACAGUACAAGACUUUAUAGUGUGCAGUGUCCUUGUAGAAGUUUUUUUUAAUUGAUGUUCCUCUGUGCGUAAUUGGCUGCAUGAGCACAGUUUUCAUAUGAUUCAUGAAUGGAUUUGCUCAUAAAAGGCUACAUAAUCCCGUGUACAGAUAAUAGUUUCUGUGCAUUUGGGUUGUUACAUUUCCCAAAUAAAACCCACACCUGACUCACAGCUUGUGAAGAGCAUAUGUGAACUUUUAUCACUUACUUUUAUUAAUUAAACAAGACUUUAAAAUGCACUUCGCGGAACAGGCCGCCUUUAAAACAUAAAUCAGUUGUGGGGAAAUGUACAGUAGAGUAAAUCCGAAAGUCCCAUACAAUCUGGGCAGAGAGAGAAUUGAGAAGUGAAGGGAGAAAGAGAGCGAGAGAGAUCUGCUGACCAGUUACCCUGCUAUCUGACAAGGCCAGCUUGCUGUAACCUGCCAGCUGGUGAAUAUCUUCAGCACUGGGAGCAGCACAACUGUCCCCGCCUGGAUCAGAGCCAGAGACAAACAUCUCCCCAGUGAUGCAAUCAGCAGCUUCGGAGAGCAAAGCGGUUGCUAACCAAGCUCUUCCAAUGGCCUUGAUUUAGCCUUAGCUGGCUGCAGCGUGCUUUUUACUGAGCAGUUUAAAAUCAAAGCAAGGUCUUUUAUAGUUCUCUGCAAAGAUGUAACAGCAGUCACCUUCUUCUUCAACAUGUCAGUUUUUCUGUAAAAUGUAUGCUUCAGAGGAGAGUUAAUUCCCCCCCCCCUUUUCCAAUUCCACUGAGAUUUACCUAUAUAUUUUUGUGUCACACAAAUUCUUUUUUUCAGCUUCCAAAAUAUUAUUUUGAUCUCAGAGAUUAUGUGUAUGGGUGUACUCCUUUGCCUAAUACGGUGUUUCUGAGGUUGUGCCAUCAUGUUGGUACAAGAUAAUUGAUGUGCUGUAAACAUGCUUCUGAUUUCCAAGUGAUUCGGGU